AUGGCGGAAUUCCAGAGCGAACUCGAUCUACACCAACUUCUGGUCCCGACGCCCACCCGCGAAUUCACAUUACAUCGAGACUCAGCGUCGGCUUCAUCAGGCCCCAGCAGCGAUGCGGGCUCCUUCGUCAUUCCCGAGGCGCUCUCUCGGAGCAACUCGGUCUACUCUUUCUCCCGUGCUUCCUUCAGCACCCAAAUCGCAAGCCUCGCAUCAAUGAACCUUCCUUCCGCCGAGACGCUGGGUGCUAGCAUCAAAUCGCUGCCCUCCUCUAGGAAAGCUGUCAAGACCCUCAACGGCGCAGCCGAUCAGAUCCAACUGUGGACAAAAAAAGCUUUGAAAGUCCUCGAGGCUCUUGAUGCCGACGAAGAUGUUGAGUGGGCCGCCGCCGCCGGAAGGGACGGUCUAGACGACGUGGAAAAAACAAUAAACAAAUUUGAGAACCUGGUCAACGUCUACGUUGUUUCGAUCGAAGAACUGCAAACCCGCCAGGAUAUCGCCGAUGUCAAGCCCGAAGAUCUGCAAUCUGUUGUUGAACAGAUGGAAAUCGUCCUGGACGGCUGGGACAGAGUCAGGAAACAUGUGAAGAAAGUCAAGAAGCAGGUCGAACUGGCGAUGGAGUGGGAAGAGUUAUGGUCUACCAUUCUGGCCGAAGUUGGCGCCGAGAUGGAUGCCUUGAGUCAGCUGGUCUUCGAUAUGGAAGAAAAGCGUCACACAGCUCACAUGUCCGAAUCACAACCGGAGCCACAACUUCAAAAUGUCGACCUGAACGAGCUGGAGAACUUGGUCGACGAGCCAAAGGCGAACAAAGCACCGUCCAGCGCAGGUUUCGGUAUCGUGCCAGCCCUUGAGGGCUCGCCUCUGGGAUCUCCAAUUAUCGAAAACGCACAGGAUGAUUCAAUGCUCCUUGCACUAUUUGCUCGCAUGCAACCAUUACGCGCUUCGCUGGACUUCCUGCCCAUGCGCUUAUCUUCAUUCCAGACCCGGGCCGAGAAGGUCUUCCCCAGCGCCUGUAGUGAGCUCGACGAGAAGAAAGACCGUUUGGAGCGUAACUGGGGUGAGCUAUCCAAGGAAGCCGAUACUCUGCGGCGUGAGCUGAGUGAGGACCGGUGGGUAAUUGUCUUCCGAAAUGCAGCCCGGCAAGCGCAGAAGAUGUGUGAGUCCGUGGAGCGCAGCGUUUUGAAAGUUCAAGAAGCAAUAAACGAGGGCUAUCAGAGAUCAAACCCUGCAACGCUGGCGAAGCGAGUCGAAAGCUUCGAAGCCAAAAAGAUGCACUACGGUCCCGCCAUCUUAAGAGUCUUGGGCAUCAUUCAAAAGGGUUUGAAAGAUCGUCUGACUGUUAACGGAGAGAUCCUUCGCUUACACAAAGACCUCUCGUCAAGAAUGAGAGAACUCACGGACACAAUGGAAGAGCUCGAAAACUUUCUUGAGCCUGUCACGUCACGACAGAAUUCGAGACUUCGGGAGUCUAUCUCAAGCAUUGUCUCGGCGGAUCGAUCGCUGUCUAGUGCAACUAUGGCGGGCACCCCAGGGAGCUCGCCGGCAUCAUCAAUCGACUUUUCAAACCACACCUCGGGCAAACAAACGCCCAAGUAUGGAUUGAAUGGCUACUCCAAACCCAGAGCAUCUUCCUCAAGCCGCCCGCCGCCUUUGGCUUCAGCGAACCGAAGGUCCUCGCUCCUCCCUCAUCAUCGCCGGCCAACCACGCCCUCGUCUACCCAGUCAGUUUCGCAACUGCCACGGAGAGGAGCCUCUCCUGCGCCAGGACCUCCAUCUGUCUAUCGUCAAGGAUUGUACAUCCCACCGAAGAACGAGGUCAAGAGACCGUCCCCGUCGCCGCUUGUGAAUAAGCCUCGCUGGAGCUCGACAGUCAAGACGGCCGAUUCCACACUGGCUCCUACAUACCGAAACACAACUAGCCCUACCCCGUACCGCAAAGCGUACACGCCCCGGUCUAUCUCUUCCACAACCGCACUUCCGCUUCGUAGCCCGUUGGGACGCGAGUCUUCGUCUUCACCGGCACCUGUUACAGCGCAUCGAGAGAAUCAAUACAAGUCCUUCGCCGAGCGGGUGGCGUCCCCAGUUGGUGGAAACCGCGCGGGCGGCAUUUUAGACCCUCCGCCGUAUCACCGCAACCGAAAUGUUUCUGCGCCUCAUCCAGGAACCAUUCGAUCGCCAUCAUCGCUGGCCAUGCACAGUAGUCAGAAGUCCAGCAUAAGUGCAAUACCAACGCCGAGGCCUCCCUCUGCGCUUAAUAGGAGUCGUGGACAGUCGAUUGCUUCUCGCAUGUCCUCCAUUAACGCGCGUUUGGACUCUCGAGGCAGUAUGGACGAGCCCGUACUUCCGGAUCUUGAACUUGACCAGGAGAAUAGGAGCGAGGUCUUGGACGAAGAACUGGAUCAAGUCAUCUCGGAACCAUCUAGCAGCCCCUUGUCAAGGAAGACUGUUACUAGACCUGGUAGUGUAAUGGGCAGCGGACGAGGGAAACGGGUGAGCAUGUUGCCUUUGCCUGUGGGAGGACGAAACAGCAGCUUGGGCUUCCGAGCAACCUAA